GCUCCGCACUCGGAACCGCCACCAUGGCUGCCUACAAGCUGGUGCUGAUCCGGCAUGGCGAGAGCGCGUGGAACCUGGAGAACCGCUUCAGCGGCUGGUACGACGCGGACCUGAGCCCGGCUGGGCACGAGGAGGCGAAGCGCGGCGGGAAGGCGCUGCGAGGUGCCGGCUAUGAGUUUGACAUCUGCUUCACCUCAGUGCAGAAGAGAGCAAUUCGGACGCUCUGGACUGUGCUGGAUGCCAUUGACCAGAUGUGGCUGCCUGUAGUGAGGACCUGGCGUCUCAAUGAGUGGCACUAUGGGGGUCUGACUGGUCUUAACAAAGCAGAAACUGCUGCUAAGCAUGGCGAGGCCCAGGUAAAGAUCUGGAGGCGCUCUUACGAUAUCCCACCACCACCGAUGGAGCCCGACCAUCCCUUCUACAGCAACAUCAGUAAGGUAUGUACAAACUGAGGUUUGGGUCACUCA